AUACCAACUACAGCUGUGAUUGGAGCGGCGCUAUGCACCAGUGGUCACUAGGCCAUCCAAUGUUCACGAGCAUGAUUUUCUUCAGCGUCAGCGGGCGGCUAGCUCAGACAUGAAGUUCUAGCUGUGCGGCGCAUAUUGGCACUUUUGGUUAUAUUGGCAUGGUCAUGUCCGCUGAGAUCCAUGCGCGAUUGGGGAACAACCAUGAACACUGCUUACAGCGCACAAGUCACCUGCCAAUACCCGCGUCCACGCCGUCUCCCGCGCGGGCUUCUAUCGGAAUAUCCGCCCGUCUGUCAAGAACCUGCCAUGUUAUGCUUUGCGAGCUUCACGGACUUGAAUCCAACGCAGCAGGGUCGUAAUAUCCAAUUAUUAUUCGGAUCUAGGAACACGAGGCGUCAUGAUCAGCGCCCUUCGAAGAAGGGUUUCAUGGAGCCCCCAGCAAAUCUGCAUGAGCGCGCGGGUCGAUUAGAGAUCAGCGGGUCACGUAACCCGCCAAGCGCCAACUCAUCGUGCAACCCGCCGUGGGCGCGGCAUUAUGGUAAUCUCGCCUGCCAGCCAAAUGCAAAGCCGGGCCCCUCCCCCUAUAAUCAAUCUUUAGGCGCCCAUGUUUGCGAAGAUGCGCAUGACAGCGCUUCGAUACACGCGCAUUAAAUUGGCGAGAAGCAACAUUUGCUGUCAGCCG